GAUUUUGAUGGAAUUAAAAGACAAAAUGGAGAAUAAAACAAUGCAAACUUCAUGCAACCUGACCAGUCCGGAUUAUAACCAAACCAACUGCACUACUCCAACGUGGAUGUUCUACCCCGACUUCUACAUCUGGCUACCGGUUAUUUACUCAGUCAUCUGCGCCGUGGGACUCACGGGCAACACCGCUGUCAUUUACGUGAUCUUGAAGGCGCCUAAAAUGAAAACCGUCACCAACUUUUUCAUUUUGAAUUUGGCCAUCGCCGACGACCUUUUCACGUUGGUGUUGCCCAUCAACAUCGCCGAGCACCUGUUAAACUACUGGCCGUUUGGAGAGAUUUUAUGCAAAGUGAUCCUGUCCAUAGACCACUACAACAUCUUCUCCAGCAUCUUCUUUUUGACUGUGAUGAGUGUGGACCGCUAUCUGGUCGUGGUCUCCACGUUGCGCUCCAAACGGAUGCCCCACCGGACCUAUAGGUUAGCCAAGACGGUCAGCCUGAGCGUUUGGGUUCUAGUCAUUCUCAUCGUGAUGCCCUUCACCUUUUUCGCCGGUAUUACGUGAGUCGACGACGCGGAGAGCCGGAAGAGCUGCGUUUUGAGUUUCCCGAGCCCUGAGAGUUUCUGGUUCAAAGCCAGUCGGAUCUACACGUUGGUCCUCGGGUUUGUCAUCCCCGUAUCGACCAUUUGCAUCCUCUAUAGCGUAAUGCUCUACAAGCUGAGACGCACGCGACUCAACUCCAACUGCAAGGCUCUGGACAAAGCCAAGAAGCGAGUCACAAUUAUGGUCUUCAUCGUGCUUGCCGUUUGCUUGUUCUGUUGGACACCCUUCCACCUGAGUACAGUGGUCGCCCUCACCUCAGACUUGCCCACCACCCCGCUGGUUAUAGGUAUCUCUUAUUUUAUCACGGGACUGAGUUAUGCCAACUCGUGUCUCAAUCCUUUCCUUUACGCGUUCUUAGACGACAGUUUCAGAAAGGCGUUUAAGAAAUUGCUGGAGUGCUGAUUCCUUUUUUUUGUAAGCUCACAAAUCCAUCAUUGAGGUCCAAGUAGUAACUGUGCUGUUUUAAAUCAAAAGUCAAAACCCACUUUUUUAAAGUCACUUUAAAACAAUUAACUGGACUCAUAAAGUAGCUUUUCUUCUGCACUGUAAAGUGUUUUCUUCAUGUCCAGUUUCAACAUUAUUUUACCUUAUCAGUAAUUAAAUUUGAAG